GAAAAGACAAAGGUACGAGGGUGGAAAUGACUGCAUAGAGCCACAUUGAUACCUCAAGAAUUGUAACAGAAAUGAAUAUAAAAUUAAACCAACAAGUAUUCACUUUGUUCCUACUCUUUGUAAUCGCUGGUGAUGUUGGAAAUUUCAUAAAUUCGAUAUUCAACAGUCGCCAUGAACUGGUCCGUCAUAACUCCGCUCUAUUUCUACCAGGGGCCGAUGCUGUAGCAGGUCCAAUACUAAAACAGACAUUCAAAGAGAUAUUAAAACAACUUGCUAAGAAGAAGGCAAAACCGAAACCGAAACGGAAAGGAAAAAAAGAUAAAGGAAAGGAAAAUGAUAAAGAGCACACAAAAAACAUACGACCGAGUACGGAAAAUAAACACCAAAACGGAGAAGCCCGAAAGCAGAAAGAGCAGCAACGUGCCCAAGACAGAAAACAAAAAGGUGGGAAUAAAGGUGGCCGACGAGGAAGAUUUAGUAGGGGCAGAAGCCGCACCAGUAGAGAAGGAGGAAGUGGUUGGGGUGGCAGCCGGAGCAGCAAUAGAGGAGGAGGUGGUUGGGGUGGCAGCCGAAGCGGCAGUAGAAGAGGAGGUGGUUGGGGUUAAUGACGAAUACAAAACAUUUCUUCAAGGAUUAUUUCAAAUUUUGGUUGCAAAUAAACUUCAAGAAUAUUUGUUUCUCAUCGUUCGUUUUUCACAUUCUCUCUUUAUAUAACAAAACAAAUAAAUGUUGCAACAGUAACGAUUGACACGUUUAAAUAUCAGUAAAUUAGUGAAAUUCUUUAUGACAAAACUGUCUAUAUUUUGUUAGAAAAGUCCAGUAACAUUCAGUUUAAAUUACCAGCAGAAAGAAACUUUUUUUCAUAAUAAAAUUCGUGAGUGGACACUCUAUCAUGUGUAGAAGAUCUAUUCAUUUCUUUAUCUAUUACAAUUAUAUGUAUCUAGGGAACUUUAUAUUUG